UCUCCUGUCGACCAGCGAUUAGUAAAGAGGUUGACAAUUGACAUCAGGCUAAAACUCGACUUGAAAUUUCUAAUAUUUCUCCGAUUGUGCUCUCAAUUGUUGCCACCAUGACUUCCGGGACUUCAGUCAAAUCUGGUAGCCCGAAAAUGAUUUUACCAUACGAAUGGAUCUUGAAAAACGUCGAGGAAGAGGACGAAACAAUCGCUUCGAAAAUGAUUCUAUUUCGAGGGGAACGAGUAUUUCGUGUGGGCUUGAAAAACCACGUUGAAUCACCCAUUUUAUUUUUCAUGGCAGUCGAUCUCAACAAAAUCGGAAUGAAAGUGGAAGGUAUCACGUAUGGAAUACAAGAGAGCGACGAUGGCCCAGCAACGCUAAGGGAAAUGAAGAAUGAGAACAUUGGCAGCGAAGGAAGUUUGCAACUCUUCACCAUUGAACUUGACAAAAAAAUCACUGGCAACUGCAGAUUUGCGUUUCGAAUUUGCGUUGAAGGAAGCGUGCCCGGCUAUAUCUACCAGCUGUCCGAUCGCCUUGUCAAGGAUCAACUGUGGGCUGCCGCUACUGUGAAAAGUCAAAAUUCAGUCGACGUUGAAUUCCUGUUAAACAAAAAGAAACUCUUUGCGCACAAAGCCAUUCUGGCUGCUCGCAGUCCAGUCUUCGCAGCUGCAUUAGCAGAAGAACCCUCGGAAAAACCGCAGAAUCAAUUGUUUCCUCUUCAAAAUUCUGAAUUCGAAGAAGAAGAACUGCAGGAUCGCGAAAAACCGCAGUAUCGCGAAAAACCGUGGAGGAGGAACAAUGAAGAACUGAAGAAGAAGAAGAAGGAAAUAAGAAGAAGAACCGAACAACUUUCGGAUCUAAUGGUUCCUCUUCCAAGUUCAGUACAACUAAUAAGUAACAACAACCCGGUCAAAGGUGCUGGCGCUCAUCAGAUCCGAAUGGAUGGCGUGAAUCCUUCGACAGUGGAGCAAUUUCUUCACUUUAUCUACACGGGCGAGUUUACCUCAACACUCGACAACGAAGAGCUGCUCAAGUUAGCCGAGUAUUAUCAGCUUACAACUCUGAUUCGUCUGUGCAAAACGGCACUCAAGAAAAGCGAUGACGCCCUGCAGAUGGUGAGCAUCGUGAAAAGUUUGCAUAACGAGUGCGAUGAUGGAACAUCGCCUUCUCCCAAAAUCAGUCCUGAAAAAGACACUGAAAUAUUGUUUGAUCGCACGGCGUCUACUUUCCGGUGUGUUUGGAGAUUUCCCAUGGAGGAAUCGGCCCGACCCAAUGCCAUGGCGAAUUACCAGAACGAGAGACUUUUUUUCGCUUACGUCAUCCCUCGACCGAUGAGUGAUGAGGAUUCCAUUCACUUUUCAUGUGCUAAGCUCAGAAACUUUGGCGUGAAGGUGGAGGAUAUUUAUAUGAAUCAGCGCAGUCACACUUCCGAAUGGAUCAAAAUGAAAUCGACAAGGCAGCCGAGCAACGCUGUACUUCUCUUCACCGCACCAACACCGACCGAUUCUUUUCACGACGAGUGCAAGAAUGAAGUGGUUUUUGACACUAGAAUCGUUGGUACCAUCGGCAACUAUUACUACGAAAUCAUGGACUACGGUUGGAUGGAAGAUAUUUGGAUAGCCGCUAUUAACAAACAGUUUACUGAUGUCGAAAUAUUUGUCGGGACUGUCAAAGUGAUGGAAGCUCACCGAGUUGUUCUAGUCGCUCGAAGUCCCGUUCUCAAUGCAUCGCUGGGCAUGACUGGUGGCACGGGAAAACAUGUCGUCACCAUUGACGAGGAAUUUGAUGUGGAUGUCGUCAAGCUUUUUUUGCAAUUCUUGUACACUGGUUCAUUGGCAGCAUCCGCCAGUCAUCAGCAGCUUCUAACUUUGGCCACAAUGUACGAAGUGGAGACUCUGAAAAACGUCUGCCAAUAUGCUAAUCGUCCUCCUAAAGAUGUCGAAGAUCUCACCAACUCUCUGCUAGAGUUGGUCUAAGUAGAAAUUCGGUUUACUGUUUCAUUGUUCUAUAAACAAACAAUUCAAAA